GGGAGAGUCUGCAAGCAGCAGCAGCAACAGCAACACACACAAUCACACUGGAAUUACACUACUCUGCAAAAAGGGAUUAUUCACCAGGAAAAUGUAAAGGAAAAGCAGCAACAUUUCACUAGGGCUUUUGUUGAUAUAGCUACUUACUCCGAUCAGUAACAGUCCAGAAUACUUGACUAAACCAAUCUGCACACAGAAAGUACUACAAGCAGCAUUUGGAAUGAAUGAUCGUUUGGACUUGAAGUGAAUCCUAACUGAAGACGACUGUUACGCUGGUACAGGCCUCGGCUUCCAGGCCAGUGUUAAAGGUCAUUGCCAAGGAUGCUGUUACCAAGUUACUUGAUGAUGCCUCCGGUUGUCUUUGCAAUGGCCUUGUCCUUGGUGCUGGCUGACUCCACUAUUCAAGCUCCUCCAAGGUUCAUGAAAGUUCCCAGUGACCAGAUUGGUGUUUCAGGUGGAGUGGCAUCAUUUGUCUGUCAGGCUACAGGAUCCCCCAAACCUCGAGUUACAUGGAACAAAAAAGGAAAGCGAGUGAGCUCCCAGCGUUUUGAGGUGAUUGAGUUUGACGAUGGUGCUGGAGCAGUCUUAAGGAUACAGCCCUUGCGGACACCCCGGGAUGAGGCAAUUUAUGAGUGCCAAGCAACCAAUACACUUGAUGAUGUAACCGCGACGGCUAAGCUCACCGUACUAAGAGAGGACCAGCUGCCUUCUGGUUUUCCCAACAUCGACAUGGGCCCCCAGCUGAAAGUGGUGGAACGCACCCGCACGGCCACCAUGCUGUGCGCAGCCAGUGGAAACCCAGACCCGGAAAUCACCUGGUUCAAAGACUUCCUGCCUGUUGACCCAAGCUCCAGUACACGCAUCAAACAGUUGCGGUCAGAAUCCUUUGGUGGUACUCCAAUACGAGGUGCUCUGCAGAUUGAGAACAGCGAAGAAACCGACCAGGGGAAAUACGAGUGCGUGGCAUCGAACAACGCCGGGGUGCGGUAUUCUCCUCCUGCUAAUCUUUACGUGAGAGUUCGGCGUGUUCCACCUAGGUUCUCCAUCAGCCCUCCACUCAGCCAAGAGAUUGUGCCCGGCGGGAGUGUGAACAUUACCUGCGUUGCCGUGGGCUCCCCCAUGCCCUACGUGAAAUGGAUGCUGGGAACUGAAGAUUUGACGCCAGAAGAUGACAUGCCUGUAGGCCGGAAUGUUCUGGAGCUUAACAGUGUCCGGGAGUCUGCUAAUUACACAUGCAUGGCGAUGUCCAGCCUUGGGGUGAUCGAAACUGUGUCGCAGAUUAUUGUUAAAGCACUCCCAAAGCCCCCCGGGACUCCGAUAGUUGUGGAGACAACUGCCACCAGUGUGACUUUAACAUGGGAUUCCGGCAAUCCUGAUCACAUCAACUACUACAUCAUUGAGUACAGGCCCAAGAACACGGACGUUCUCUACCAGACCAUAGACGGUAUCCAAACCCUACGUUAUAGUAUUGGCGGGUUGAGCCCCUACUCUGAUUAUGAGUUCAGAAUCUCUGCUGUCAACUCCAUUGGUCAGGGUCCGCCCAGUGAGACAGUGGAGACAAGGACUGGUGAGCAAGUGCCCUCGAGCUCUCCAAGGAACGUCCAGGCACGGAUGUUGAGUGCAACCACCAUGCUGAUUCAAUGGGAGGAGCCUGAAGAGCCAAAUGGCCAAAUCCGUGGUUACCGGGUCUACUAUACAAUGGAGCCACAGCAGCCUGUAAGCAACUGGCAGAAGCACAAUCUGGAUGACAGCCUCUUAACAACUGUUGCCAACUUAAUACCACAGACAACAUACAGUGUCAAGGUUUUGGCUUUCACUUCUGUUGGAGAUGGGCCACUGUCAUCUGAAAUUCAGGUCAAAACCCAGCAGGGAGUUCCUGGACAACCACUUAACUUCAAAGCCACCCCUAAAUCUGAGACUAGUAUUGAGUUGUUGUGGACUGCACCCAGGGAGGACAAGGUCAUCAGCUAUGAGCUGUACUAUCGUGAUGAAGAGCUGGGAAAAGAGGAAGUGAUAACCUUUCAGCCUAGCAUGUCAUACAGUGUGACCGGGCUACGUCCGAACACUCUGUACUAUUUCCGAUUGGCCGCACGCUCCGAGCAUGGCCUUGGCGUCUUCACCUCCCAGAUCUCUGCACGGACCCUUCAGGCCAAACCAUCAUCCCCUCCUCAAAACGUAAAGUGCACCAGCCCCAGUUCCACCAGCAUUCUGGUAAGUUGGUGGCCACCGCCGCCAGAGAGUCAAAAUGGCGACCUGGCAAAGUACAGUAUCAGGUACCAAACGGUGCAGGGAGAGGACAAGCAGCUCCAUGAGGUGAACGACAUUCCACCAACGACCACCCAGAUGCGACUGGAGAGCUUGGCGAAAUGGACGGAGUACCGGGUGACGGUAGUCGCGCACACGAUGGUUGGACCAGGCCCGGAGAGCGCACCCAUAUUCAUUCGCACGGAUGAAGAUGUGCCCAGUGCUCCGCCUCGUAAAGUGGAGGUUGCAGCAUUAAACUCCACUGCUCUGAAGGUAAUUUGGCGCUCUCCUGUCCCGAACAAGCAACAUGGCCAGAUUCGAGGCUAUCAGGUGCACUACGUCGAAGUGGUGGAUGGAGAGGCCAGGGGACAGCCACUGAUAAAGGACGUCAUGCUGGCCGAUGCACAGGAGAUGAUCAUCUCUGGACUGCAGCCAGAAACAAUGUAUUCCAUCACCGUGGCAGCCUACACAACAAAGGGUGAUGGGGUACGCAGCAAGUCGAAGCUCGUGGUCACCAAAGGUUCAGUUCCUGACAGACCCACUCUGUCGGCCCGUCUGACUCAGGAGAACACGGCUGUGAUACAAUGGCAACCUCCCUCUGCAACAUUUGGUCAACUCCUGGGGUAUCAGUUUCAGUUUGGGCGUACAGAUGUCCAGCCCCUGUCAACGCUGGAAUUCUCUGACCACGAAUAUCAGUAUGUGGCCCACAGCAUGCACAAAGGUGCCACAUAUGUGUUUAGGCUGGCAGCCCGAAACAGUGCUGGCCUUGGGGAAGAAGCUGUCACACAGCUGACUCUACCUGAAGAUGUGCCCAGAGGCUACCCGCAGAUCCUUGACUUGGCGAAUAUCACCACCUCAUCUGUUCAGUUUGGCUGGCUGCCCCCUGCCUUGGCAGAAAGGAAUGGCGUCAUCAUAACGUACACUGUAUCGUGUAGACAGGCAGGUGCUCAGAGCAACCCCAUUGAAGUGUCCACCAGAUCCUCCCAGACUAGCCUCACAUUGAACAACCUUAAACCGGACACCAGAUAUGACAUUAAAAUCAGGGCACAAACCAGUAAAGGCCCUGGUCCUUACAGUCCCGCUGUUCAAUAUCGGACCAUGCCAUUGGAUCAAGCAGUUUUCCCUAAAAAUUUCCGAGUAAAGCUUGUAAUGAAAACCUCAGUGCUGCUUAGCUGGGAGAUUCCGGAACAUUACAACUCUCCAAUACCAUAUAAGAUCCAGUAUAAAAAUGGUCAGUCCGUUGUCGAGGUCGAUGGGCGAGCCACCAAGAAGCUGAUCACCAACCUGGAACCAGACAAGGAGUACUCCUUCGUGCUGACAAACCGCGGCAAUACAGUGGGUGGCCUGCAGCAAACAGUGUCGGCUCGCACAGCCCCUGCCAUCCUGGGCAGCAAACCUUAUCUCAUCAAGAAGGUGGAACCCGAUGGGACUCUGAUGGUCCGGAUGCCCGAGGUGGAGACGGUGACCCCAGUCAUAGCCUAUUACAUCAUCGUGGUCCCACUGAAAAAAUCUCAUGGCAAGUUUGUCAACACCUGGCACAGUCCUGACGAAAUGGAUCUGGAAGAGCUCCUUCAGGACCUCACCCUGCGCCGGCGCAGAAGCCUCCGGCCCCGGCGGCAACUAGGCCACUCCAAGCCCUAUAUAGCAGCCCGCUUUGAUGUUCUCCCACGAGAGUUCAUUCUUGGUGACCAGCGGUUUUAUGGUGGGUUCGAAAACAAGCCACUGGAGCAGGGUAACAAAUAUGUAUUCUUCGUCCUGGGUGUCCUGGACAUCCCAGAAGCGAAAAUGUUUGCUGCGAGUCCGUACUCCGACCCCAUCCUUUCAGCAGACCCCGACCCGCAGCCCAUUAUCGAUGGAGAAGAGGGUCUGAUCUGGGUUGUGGGCCCAGUGCUGGCAGUGGUCUUCAUCAUUUGCAUUGUAAUUGCCAUCCUACUGUACAAAAACAAGCCUGACAGAAAACGUAAGGAAAGUGAUCCCAGAACGAAGUGCCUUCUCAACAAUGCAGAGAUGCCUUCCCAUCACCCCACGGACCCAGUAGAAAUGAGGCGCAUCAAUUUCCAGACGCCAGAAUCUGUUGUCAGCAGCCCCCUCAGUGAACCCGAAUUUGCAAGCAUGAUGAGUCACCCGCCAAUCCCCAUUGCAGAGCUGGCUGAACAUACGGAGCAUCUGAAAGCAAAUGACAAUCUGAAGUUUUCACAGGAGUAUGAGUCAAUCGACCCUGGCCAGCAGUUCACAUGGGAGCACUCAAAUAUGGAGGUGAACAAACCCAAAAAUCGCUAUGCCAACGUGAUUGCGUAUGACCAUUCCAGAGUUAUAUUGGCACCAAUUGAGGGUAUCGCAGGCAGUGACUACAUUAAUGCAAACUACAUCGACGGCUACCGAAAGCAGAAUGCAUACAUCGCCACACAAGGACCCCUCCCAGAGACUUUCGGGGACUUCUGGAGAAUGGUUUGGGAGCAGAGGAGUGCAACCAUCGUCAUGAUGACAAAAUUAGAGGAAAAGUCCCGGGUGAAAUGUGACCAGUACUGGCCCGGCCGAGGAACAGAGACCUAUGGAAUGAUACAGGUGACUCUGCUGGACACCAUCGAGUUGGCCACCUUCUGUGUUCGAAAUUUCUGCCUUCACAAGAAUGGUUCCAGUGAGAAGAGAGAGGUUCGACAGUUUCAGUUCACAGCAUGGCCUGAUCACGGAGUCCCAGAGUAUCCGACUCCCUUCUUAGCAUUCCUAAGGAGAGUAAAGACCUGCAACCCUCCCGAUGCUGGACCAGUGGUGGUGCACUGCAGUGCUGGAGUUGGUCGAACUGGCUGUUUCAUCGUCAUUGAUGCUAUGCUUGAGAGAAUAAAACAUGAGAAGACAGUUGACAUUUAUGGCCAUGUGACACUGAUGAGGUCACAACGGAACUACAUGGUACAGACAGAGGAUCAGUACAUUUUUAUCCAUGAUGCAUUGCUGGAAGCAGUGGCUUGUGGGACCACAGAGGUGAUGGCCAGAAACUUGUUCUCUUACAUUCAGAAACUCACACAGGUUGAGGCAGGAGAGCAUGUCACGGGAAUGGAACUAGAGUUCAAGCGCCUGGCCAAUUCCAAAGCUCACACUUCCAGAUUCAUAAGUGCCAAUCUUCCAUGUAAUAAGUUCAAGAACCGCCUUGUCAACAUCAUGCCGUAUGAGACAACGAGAGUGUGCCUACAGCCAAUCCGUGGGGUGGAGGGCUCUGAUUACAUCAACGCUAGCUUUAUCGAUGGUUACAGACAACAGAAAGCGUACAUAGCUACACAAGGUCCUUUAGCAGAGACUACAGAGGACUUCUGGAGAAUGUUAUGGGAGAAUAACUCCACCAUUGUCGUCAUGCUCACUAAACUGAGAGAAAUGGGACGUGAGAAAUGUCACCAGUACUGGCCGGCUGAGCGGUCUGCCAGAUAUCAGUACUUUGUCGUGGACCCAAUGGCGGAGUACAAUAUGCCACAGUACAUCCUUCGUGAGUUCAAGGUCACAGAUGCGAGGGAUGGGCAGUCGAGGACUGUCCGGCAGUUCCAGUUUACAGACUGGCCAGAGCAAGGAGUGCCAAAAUCCGGAGAGGGUUUCAUUGACUUUAUAGGACAAGUGCAUAAAACCAAGGAACAGUUUGGCCAAGAUGGUCCCAUCUCAGUUCAUUGCAGUGCUGGAGUUGGGAGGACUGGAGUUUUCAUUACACUCAGCAUCGUCUUGGAAAGAAUGAGGUACGAAGGUGUUGUGGACAUCUUCCAGACUGUGAAGAUGCUCCGGACACAGCGGCCAGCCAUGGUACAGACAGAGGAUGAGUAUCAGUUCUGCUAUCAAGCGGCAUUGGAGUAUCUUGGGAGUUUUGAUCAUUAUGCAACGUAAAAAGCCAUUGAUCACCAAACUCUAACAGGCCACAAUGGACACAGAGCACCUCUUCUGAGCCAUAUAGCGUGCUUGAAAAGUACUUUAAUUCUAACCACCGCCAGGGGGAAGACAUUUCAGAUGGACCCUAAGGGAACUCAAUGUUGUAACCCAGAAGAGAAGAAGGACCCUGGUCUGUUGGGGGGGAGGGGAUAUCAUUUUAAUUAUCAGACAAGUCCUACUUACCUCAAGUGUUCAACUGUGGUGAAAUGGAUCUGGAUUUCCUCCUGUGUGGACUGUCUGAUGAAACAUUAAGGACAGACAAACAAAAAGUCAUUCAGAAAGUGGAUGAAGGGAAAACAUGAAACGAUGGGAUCCUGUCUUUGGUUACACCAUUAGAGUUCUGCUUGCUUAAAAUCCCUUUUACUAAUCAAAGCUAUGGAACAGCAUUGAAGGGAAUCGCUCACAAAAUCACAUUUACUGCAGGUGUCCUUUCCUACUGGUUUUGGCUACUGUGUGGUCAUUAAAGGUAGCGGGUUUUUUUCUACCCUUCGGCAGUCCUCAUUGGGCCAUGCUUCAUCUAUGCAUGUUCUGCAUCUGUGCCUUCUCCCCCUACACCAGAUCCCACUGUGAAUCUACUUUCAGUCCCUCCAUGAAUGUUUCCUGUUUUUACCAUUAUUUUAAUGCUGCAAUUGUGAAGGAACUACACAUAGGUGAGCUAUUGCAGCUGUCAAUGUUGGAUGGAUAUGGGCUCAUUUUAAGGGAGGUAGGUACAUUACUGACCUUUUCCAUUGAAAACCUGAGACGAGUAUAAAAACAUCGCCUCAGCUGGUGGCAAUAGCAAGCCAUGCAAGAGACAUGAGGAUAUUUAUCCACGAAAUAAUGAUCUGACAGUUUCAGUUGGGUCAAUGACCUGAAAUGGAGCUGAAGCAUGAGAAAGUCAAUAGUAGUGCAACCACACAACUCCUCCUGUUUGAUCAAAGGAGAGGGAGUGGCAAAAGGCUCUUGCUUGGCUCUUUGAGUAAGGGAUCGUGCAUGUAGGAGACAGUCUAAAAUAUUACACAAGGAAGGAAAAGAAUAAAUUAGAAAGAAAUGCCGCAUUUACGCAUUUCAGCCUGAAGCACCAAAGCAUCUCUUGAUCAUAAAUGCAAACCUAGUUUUGCAUCCAUCUAAAUUAACAAGCUGAAGGGGAGAAUGAGUUAUAUCCAUGGAAGCACCCAUAUUUAGAUCAUAACAACAUAAAAGUGAUGAAUGUGAUGGCUGGACAAAACAUGAUUAUGCUCCUCCUUUGUUCUCCGGAACAUUGCUUGUAUAAUUUUGAGGGCUGCUGAAGAGAUUUAAUGAUACAAAGCCCUUGAGACAACCAAUCUAUUCUCAUUCAGAUCUUCAAGUUAAAAAUUCAGGUUUUGGGAAUUCAUGGCUAGUCCUCCUUCUGCUAGGGAUGUUGCCAGCAAACUGUGAAGUGGAAAAGUCCCUCAGAUAAUGGUGUCAUCUGUUCACCUCCCUGUCUAAUCAUAAAAUGCAUCAAUCCUGUUAAUUGUACUAAUUUGGAAAAAAAAAAGUGGACAAGAAGAAAUGGCACCUUCUUGUUGGCCUGAAGGAAAUUAAAUUACUGAAUAAUAUAAAUUUUAAAGAAAUAUAAUUAUUUUGUGACACUUUUGAAAAGAUCAUCUCAUUUAUUAAUGUCCCUGGUGAUGCUCUGCACCCCUACCAACAAUCCACAUCCUUAACUGCUAUAAUGAGUUAUUGGACAUCACAACUUCCAUAAAUAGCUGGCAUUAUAAUCACUUAUUUGGUUACCCCAGCCUCGUCAGUAUCUUUCAAAGGAUUGUUUUGAGUGUGUGGCUUAGCAAACCAGGUGAUCCAACAUACACACUUCAUGAUGCUGAGGCAGUGGUUGGAAUUUUGGGUGUUUUUGGUGACAUCAAAGCCAACAAAAGGACAGGUUUUCUGUGACCAUGACAUUAAACAGAGUAGGACCUUUUUAUAAAUGUGCAGUUGUAUUUAUCCUUCAGUGGAUAGAGUUUUACUAUUUCCCCUCUUCAAAAAAAAGGCAAUUUUGGGUGACUGAUCCUGCAAAGACAUUUUAAGUUUUUGAAAUAGCAAGAUUUUAAUUUGCUGGAAGCAGCCAAAUUAAAUGAGCCCCCAUUAAAGCAGCCGUAUCAAAUGGCCACUUUCAGGGAAAUUCAUAUAAAGAAUCACCAUCAGCAGGAAUUUGUGGUUUGCAAACUGUUCAGCAAUGAAUGGCACAUUGAGCAAAAAGCGAAGUGCACCGCAAAUUUAUUCUCUUUAAAGCUCAUAUCAGAGUUUCAAUUCUCCAAAGUUAUACAAUAUUUUUCCAUUGGGUUUGAUAUCCAUCUUAUGACAUGUGGUUUGCUGACUUACCAAACAGUUGCCACUUUUGAUCUUUAACCCUAGCUACCUACCUUCCUAAUUGGCAGAGGUCAAUGGUAGUUGGCAGUCAGCAACUCAUGCUUCAUUUAUCUCUAUCUUUGUGAGGGAACAUUACAAUAGACAGCCAGUCUAGGUGUUUCUUUCGGGGUACAAUGAUUAAUCUUGAGUGUUAUUUUCUUAAACCUCACUUUGCAUAAAUACCAGAAAUGAGUCCAAAUCUCAGAUGUAGUUCAGUUUCUACCAUGAUUCCUACUUUUUUAUAAGGUAAGCUUUUUAAUUAUCUUUUUAUAAAGUUAAUAUAUCUGUCCUGUAGUGGAGAGCUCCUUUGAAGUUUCAGUAAUGUCAUUGACCAUUGUUCUGUCCAUCAAAAUAGCCACCAAUAGGCUCUUAACUGAAGAGUCUAAAAGGCCCUUUCACAACACCCCUCCCCACAGUCCCACCACCCAACCUUAGUAUAAAAUGUCUAAAAAUGGAUUGCAUUGCAAAAGAUCUUUUUCACCACUUGGCCUUGGGCCUGCAAGCAGGAAGCCCAUAUUUAUAGAGUGGCACAGCUUCAAAGAAAUGCAUAAACAACAUCCAGAAGAGAAAAAAAAUCUAAACCUUAAUGACUUGAUCAGGUGAGAAGACCGUUGAGGCAAAGCAGAAAAGGUUGAAUUUGUGAGCGGUUUUCGUGAAAAUCCUUUGUGUUUUGUAACAUACAACAAACAUAAUCUUUUUUUUAAUUGUGUAUUCGUUCCUUUUUUAACAAAAAAAUUAUCAGUCAAAUUAAAAGAAACAAAAAAACAUUUAAAAUACAUUUAUUUGUUCAUAUUAUGUUUAAAGACGGUCUAUUUUUUCACUGUAGAAAUGUUUGUGACUGGCUAUAUAUCAUUGGAUUCUGAAUGUUAAAAGAGCUUUCUUUGUACCAUUUUAAGGAUGUGCUUCAUUUAUCAAGAUUGCUUUCCUCCUUUAUUUUGCCCCAAAAUGGAACUCUGAUAUGUUGGGAUAAACAGAAAUUAGCCUGGGGCUCCAGAUUGCUACCCUGGGUUUAUUCCGACAUGUUCCUUGUCAACGUCUGUGAUGAAUUUACUCAAUAACUCGUGGAAGUUGCCAGACUUAACCAGUAUGACAGCCAAAUAAAUGGGAUGUUGAAAAACAAAGGAACUGUCAUUUGUUUGAGGGCCAAGUGAUUAUUGCUUUUGAACAACUGUUACUUAUAACUGAAAAUAUAAUUGGUUAUAAAAAAACCACUGUGUAUGUAGAUAUGUUGACUUUGUAUUAAAGGAAGAUUGUCUGGA